ACAGCCUAGGUCUCUCACGCCUCUAUUUCUCGUUCCGCCCGCUGUUCAAAAAGAUACGGUCACGAUGACAUCAAAAAACACAAUUAUGGACUCAGACUGCAUGACGUUGACGAGAUUCAUGCUGGCGGAGCAACGCAAGGCGCCAAUAGCGACCGGUGACCUCACACAGCUAUUGAAUAGUAUACAAACUGCUAUAAAAGCUGUCAGCUCGGCCGUGAGGAAAGCUGGUAUCGCUAACAUGUAUGGCAUCGCCGGCAACACCAAUAUUCAGGGCGAGGAAGUCAAGAAGCUGGACAUCCUGAGCAACGAGCUCUUUAUCAAUAUGCUGACAUCCUCUUUCACCACAUGUGUACUCAUAAGCGAGGAGAAUCAACACGCCAUUGAAGUGGAAACGGAGAAGAGCGGCAAAUACGUCGUGUCGUUUGACCCGCUUGACGGCUCGUCCAACAUUGACUGCUUGGUCUCAGUGGGUUCGAUCUUUGGAAUUUACAAAAAACUUGAACAGUCCGGAAACUCCACAUUACAAACCGCUCUGCAACCAGGAAGAAACUUGGUUGCGGCCGGAUACGCUCUAUACGGAUCAGCGACUAUGAUAGUGCUCUCGAUCGGUCAAGGCGUUAAUGGAUUUACGUACGAUCCAGCCAUUGGAGAAUUUAUACUGACCGAAAGAGACAUGCGUAUGCCCGAUAGAGGCAAUAUAUAUAGUAUUAAUGAAGGCAACGAGAGUACGUGGGACUCGUCUAUUAAGGAAUAUAUACGUUCUAAAAAAUAUCCCGCAACUGGGAAACCCUACAGUGCCAGAUACGUGGGCUCCAUGGUCGCCGACGUACACAGAACGAUUAAAUACGGCGGUAUCUUUUUGUAUCCUGCGAGCAAGAGCAAUCCCAAUGGCAAGUUACGACUUCUGUACGAAUGCGUACCGAUGGCUUUCAUAGUUAAGGAAGCCGGCGGUCUGGCGACAAACGGAAAAAUUAAUAUUCUAGAUAUCGUUCCGGAAAACAUUCAUCAGAGAUCACCCAUUUUUUUGGGCUCCAAAGACGACGUUAACGACGUAAUGACGUUUAUAAGAAAUAAGGCCGAGCGAUGAAAACGAAGAAUCUCUUUCAAAUAUUUAUACAAUCGAGCGUUGCACACCUCUUUUACGACAGAUUGUUAUUUUGUAAUAUUUUGCAAUAAAGAUUUUA